AUGUCCGAACACGGCGCGACGGGGUACGCUAGCGGCGACGACGCCCGUGCAGCUGCCGAGCGAAGUCAGUCCGGAUCGAGUCCGGAGGCGGAUCCGCGGUGGCGGCCGGACGCGGGCGCCGACGAGCGGCACGCUGAAACGAACUUCGGUCCGGAUUCGCGUCGUGAUGCGAUUGCAUCGUACGCCGACGCCGAGGAGGACUCGACGUGCGACACGCACAGCGGCGACAGCGAGGCAAGUAGCGCCGGAAACGUCGCUGCGUCGCGACAUCCGCCGCCGCCGACGACGACGCCGACGACGACGGCCGCCAGCAUCAAGUUUUCAAUCGAGAACAUUCUGCGACCGGACUUUGGCCGAGCGAGCGCCGACAGUGCGUCGGCUCACCAGGAGCAGCAGCGUGGCGACGACGCCGACGACGACGCCACCUAUCGGAAGCAGCCGAUCAUGUGGCCGGCGUGGGUCUACUGUACACGCUAUUCGGACAGACCGUCAUCAGGUAGACCGCGCACGCGCAGAGCGAAGUCGAAGAAGCCGAGCGAGAAGCGCCCACGUACGGCGUUCACGAACGAGCAGCUGUCGCGUCUGAAGAAGGAAUUCCAGGAGAACCGCUACCUGACCGAGCAGCGCCGCCAGGAGCUGGCCAAGGACCUGGCGCUGAACGAGAGUCAGAUCAAGAUCUGGUUCCAGAAUAAACGAGCGAAGAUCAAGAAGUCGCAGGGCGUGCGCAACGGGCUCGCGCUGCACUUAAUGGCGCAAGGUCUGUACAAUCACACGACGACGGCCGAGUAUUCACACAUUCCGACGAAAUGACUUUCUACCGACGAAUCGAAGCGGCGGAACGAGAUCGUCUCUCGCCGUGUUUUCACUCCGUAAUUAUUCCGUAAUUCUGUUCAUGUUUCGACUGGAAACUGCUGACCGUUUUGUCACGCUUUCCUGAUAUUAUAAUAUAUUGACUACUAGGUUCGAUUAUAGUGAUGACGAAUCGUCGCCGUAUGACGUCACGUGUGUGACGUUACUGUGGAAAUAGACCUUUCCGCUCCUACAUUCGCCGAACGUGUGCGUUUCAUUUUAAUUAAUUUCUGAUUGGCUGAGCGUGUUACCCAGGUUCGAUGACUAAUGGUUGCGUCACCGGUACGUGUGGGUCUGAUGUACCCAUCAUAAUCUGAUUCGUUUUAAUAGAUCCACGCAUGCCUGAAAUUCCUAAGAAAUUCGUUUCGUGAGUCUUGGUGAAAAGGUCUAUUGUCCACUUGCUAACGGGAUCCGUUUACAUAAUAUAUAAUAUUAUAUAUAUAUACAUAUAUAUAUAUAUAUAUAUAUUAUAUAGGCACAUGUGACGUUGCACAUAUGACGUCAGACUAUCGACGUGAGCGUGAAAGAUAAGCUAAUGUCACUGCGACACAGAAUGCGCAUGCGUAGACCGUAUACGGCCUUCAAUAGUCUAUACGUAAUAUUUUACGCGAUCUUCGUUGCUGAUAGAGUGGAAACUCGUUCUACCGAAGAUGAUGUAUUUCGUAUUUUCGUUGUUUCAUAGAUGGAGUCGUUUUUCUCAUUUUUAUUAAUUUCGUCGAUUCGUUUGUGAAACCGCGUUUACUGUUAGUCAUUUAAAUGCAAUUG